UGCACCACGCAAAAAGAGGCCUCCCGCAUCACAAACUACGAUAAUCUUUACAAUUAUCAUAAUAUCAUAACAUCAUCAUUUCAUAAUCGCGACUCCCCAGUAACAGUCGCCGCCCCAUCAGCUCGCUUCGAAUCGGCGAUGCUCCACUGCUUCUGAUUCUCGCGUCUGCCGGAAUCUCGCUUUGCCAGUCCUGAUCCUCCACCAUCCUCCAUCCAAUCGACUCCUCCCACUACAAGAGCCUCCAAUGGCGCGAAUUCCAGCCUCCGCGCUGCGAAGAUACCUUCUGGGCGGGGAGCUCUCCACGCGGAGAUGUCUGCGGAGGAACAAUCAGAUACCCACACGCCUGUGUUCUCAGAGAAUCCGUGCCGUCCACACCUCCACAGACACAGAUGCUGCAGAUCCCAGCGGCACAAGCAACACGAUUCCCUUCCGCAAACAAUUGAAAGAUGAGGCUAAAGCCCGCAAAUCCUCUGUCCAGAAAAGAUCAAAAUCGGACAAUCAGAGGCUGGACAAUUGGGAACUAACAGUCGGCAUCGAGAUCCACGCGCAAUUAAACACCGCGCGCAAACUCUUCUCCGCCGCCGCCUCAACCAUCAACGAUGAGCCCAAUACUCAUGUCGCGCUCUUCGAUGUCGCAAUGCCUGGGUCCCAGCCCGUCUUUCAGAAGGAGACCCUCAUUCCCGCCAUCCGCGCUGCGUUGGCUCUGAAUUGCAAGGUCCAAAAAUCGAGUAGAUUUGACCGCAAGCACUAUUUCCACUGGGAUCAACCUUCCGGAUAUCAAAUCACUCAAUACUACCAGCCAUUGGCGAAAGAUGGUUACAUAACGCUCUACGCACACGAUGGGAUUGCGAAGGAAGAUGGGGACGAGAUCAAGAUUGGUAUUAAGCAGGUGCAGAUGGAACAGGAUACCGCGAAGACCAUCACGACGGUCGAAGGAGAGCACCUGUUGGAUUUCAAUAGAGUGGGCCUGCCGCUUCUCGAGAUUAUUACGCUGCCCCAGAUUCAUUAUCCGCAGACUGCAGCAGCAUUGGUGAGAAAGGUACAGAUACUACUUAAUGCUGUGGAUGCGUGCGUGCUGGGGAUGCAGAGCGGCGGGUUGAGAGCGGAUGUUAAUGUCUCGGUGAGGAGGAGAGAUGGGCAAGGGGAAGCAGACAAUGAAUAUUCUGGCGUGAAGGGUUUGGGGCAGAGGACAGAAAUCAAGAAUUUGAGCAGCUUCAAGGCUGUGGAAGACGCCAUUAUUGCUGAACGCGAUAGGCAGAUCGAGGUUCUGGAAUCUGGCGGAGUGAUUGAGGGAGAGACACGAGGAUGGACGAUCGGCAGCACAGAGACAAAGAGAUUGAGAGGGAAGGAAGGAGAAGUCGAUUACAGAUACAUGCCUGACCCGGAUCUUGGGCCGGUCAUAGUCGGCGAUGAUUUACUCGAGCAUCUCCAAUCCACACUCGGCGUUCUUCCUGACAAAGAGAUCAGCAUCUUAAACGAGACGUACGGGUUGACGAUCAAAGACGCCAUGUCCCUCGUCUCGCUCAACGAGGGUGGACGGGUUGAAUACUUCCGCAACGUCGUAGAUCAGCUGGUCCUCCUUUCCGGCGACGAGGACCUCAGAAGACUAGGCAGGUUGGCAGGGAAUUGGGUCCUCCACGAGAUGGGUGGUCUAGCAUCAGACGCAGGGGAAGAGGGGGACGCGCUACAAAUGACCAGUGAAGGCGAUUGCGUGAUACCGGACAUCCAACUCUCGUCCCUGAUCCACUAUCUCGAUAGUAACCAGAUCACCGGCAAGACCGCGAAGAAACUUCUACCGGUUCUGUUUGAAAAUGAGACGAAAGGCGUGAUGAAAUCCGUCAAGGAUAUGAUUGAUGAAGGGGGAUUGUGGUUCAUUCCUCUAUCGGAUGAACAAUAUGAAGAGAUUGCCAGGAGCGUGGUAGAGGCGCACCCGCAACAGGUGGAAGAGGUUCUUGGGGGUGGUAAAAAGGGAAAGGGGAAGCUUAAUUUCCUCCUUGGACAAAUGAUGAGGAGGGACGAGGAGGGGAGGAUGGAUCCUCAGCGAGCGACAAAGGUGAUCGAAGAAGUCAUUGAGAAGUCCCGCAAGUGAUCGAAGCAUAUAUCCCCCACUUAUUAAUAUUCAAGUUAAUAUCCUGUUGCCCCAG